AUGGAAUCCGCCAAGGUCCCCGUCAAGCUCGUCAAGGUCACCCGCGUCCUCGGCCGUACCGGCUCUCGCGGUGGUGUUACCCAGGUUCGCGUUGAGUUCAUGGACGACACUACCCGUUCCAUCAUCCGUAACGUCAAGGGUCCCGGUACGACUAUCUCGCCUUGA